AUGGCCCGGAAGAGCAGAGGCCUAAUGGAAAUGUGCAACUUUCUUCUGUUAGUGACUUUAUUUCUUCCAUGUGUGAUGACGAGCUCUGUUUUAACUGUGAAUGGUAAUACUAAGAACUAUAUCCUGGACACUGAACUUGACUUCCAAGAGUCUCUGAUAUGUGCCAUCCAAAAUCACACCAGAGAUGAAGAACUUCUCUGGUACCGGGAAGAGGGAAGAGUGGAUUUGAAAUCUGAAAACAGCAUCAACUCCAGCUCUGUCUGUGUCUCUUCCAUCAGUGAAAAUGACAAUGGAGUCACCUUCACCUGCAAGCUGAAGAGCGAUCAGUCAAUGUCCAUCUCAGUGGUGCUGAAUGUGACUUUUCAUCCUCAACUAAGUGGAGACCAUGUCCAAACAGCUGAAGAAGGGAGUGAUGUGCAGUUGGUUUGCAAUGUGAAAUCCAACCCCCAGGCUCAAAUGAUGUGGUACAAAAACGACAGCAUCCUGAAUUUAGAGAAAAACCAUCAUCAAAUCCAUCUUACAAGUGAGUCUUUGCAGCUAUCAAUCACCAAAGUCAAGAAAUCUGACAAUGGAACCUACAGCUGUGUCGCAAUUUCACCGUUGGGAAGAAGUACUAAGGACUUUCUUCUGAUUGUUAAAGAUAAAAAGCAGACCAUACCAAUAGAACCCAUUGCUGCUGCAUGUGUUGUAGUCUUUCUGACACUGUGCUUUGGAGUGGUUGCUAGAAGAAAGAGAAUAAUGAAGCUCUGCAUAAAGGAUCAAGGCCCUCAGAGUGGAACUGCACUGUAA